AUGAGCGACAAACACACUAGCUCCGGCUACCACGGUUCCCUUGUCGACGAUUCGAUACAGAACCCAGGACGCGACUCGACGUACACAACUGGCAAUUAUCCACCACCUGACGAUACAACCUCUUCCGGAGGCUACAGCUCGCAGGACACUUGGUCGAACGCCGCGCAAAGAGGCAGCCUCGUCGAUCAGUCCGUAAACGGCGGCCCAAUCGGCCAGGAACUGCAGGACGCAAAGCAAGGGGAAGACACGGCUGCACGUCAAGAUUUCCGGCAUGAGGCGGAACGCGACUUUGAUAGACAGGGUGCGCAAGGAUUGAAUCCAUACGGGCGAAACGUGGACAGCCGAAAAGAGGCGGAAGAAAUGCUUGCGUCGAGGUACAGGGAUGCGAGGGGAAAGCACUAUGAGAGCGGGCCUGCUGCAAGCAAUGACGGUGACGUGGGUGCUUGA